AACAGGACCAUGUGUACUAGCCUGACCACUUGUGAGUGGAAGAAAGUCUUCUAUGAGAAGAUGGAGGUGGCCAAGCCAGCCGAUAGCUGGGAGCUCAUCAUAGACCCCAACCUCAAGCCCAAUGAGCUGGCCCCUGGCUGGAAGCAGUAUCUGGAACAGCAUGCCUCAGGCAGGUUCCACUGCACCUGGUGCUGGCACACCUGGCAGUCAGCCAACGUGGUCAUCCUCUUCCACAUGUACCUGGACCGCGCCCAGCGGGCGGGCUCGGUGCGCAUGCGCGUCUUCAAGCAGCUGUGCUACGAGUGUGGCACGGCGCGGCUGGACGACUCGAGCAUGCUGGAGGAGAACAUCGAGAGCCUGGUGGACAACCUCAUCACCAGCCUGCGCGAGCAGUGCUACGGCGAGGACGGCGGCCAGUACCGCAUCCACGUGGCCAGCCGCCCGGACAGCGGGCCGCACCGCGGCGAGUUCUGCGAGGCCUGCCAGGAGGGCAUCGUGCACUGGAAGCCCAGCGAGAAGCUGCUGGAGGAGGAGGCGACCUUCUCCGGUGCCUCCAAGUUGUGGGCCCGGGAGGGAUCCGGCUACAACUUCUUCUCCCUUCGCUGGUGCCUCUUCUGGGCCUCCCUCUGUUUGCUCGUUGUCUACCUGCAGUUCUCCUUCCAGAGAUCGACCUUCCUUUAG